AUGCCCCGGCGCCAAAAGCCAGUCCCAUUACUUUUCGUCAUUCAAGACGCGCAAACUUUCUCUGGCUCGAAGUCGACGUCCAAAUCAACAGCAGAAGCACGAGCAAUCAGCUCUCAUGUGAAUAGCAACUACAGGGGUUGGAGGAGGACCCAACAUAGGCAUCUCCUCCUUCACCCAACAACAAAUGCUAUCUUAAAUCCCAGUCCACCAGCGGCGAUUUCUCCCCCGACAGUUGAGAGCAAGCAUGUUAGUGGCGACGAUAUUGAUCGCUUUUUUGAGCACUAUCGAGACCAAUUACUGAAAACCAGUCGCCAAUGGGUCUAUGGCUCCUUUGACGCUGCUUUUCUCCCAGCCAGAAAGGAUAGUCUGGUGCUGUCGGAACAUUUGACCAUCCCUCAAAUCUCACGACUCGGUAGCCAGACAUUAGAUCCAUUUGCGCCUGAGUUCUUCAAGAGUGAUAUGGAAUUGCAAUCCAGUUUAUACUACUACGCAAAAAUCAUCCGACCAUUUGCAGUACACUUGAUAGAGGGCUGGUCCUGGAUUGAUAACCUUUCUCAGGUGCAAUCGUCCCCAGUGUUGGCAUAUGCUGUCGCUGCCUAUGCAUCCGUAUUUUUAUCUGGCUCUCUCCGAGGAGGACCGGGCGUGGUUCUACCUCCACCCGCAGAGAAAGGCGAACAACCAUUGUGGAAGAUUCCGCAGUGGCUUCGACUGCAAACAAAUUGCGUUGUCGAGUUGAAGGCAAUACUGAGUGAUCCAUCCAAGGUUGAUGAUUCCUGCUAUCAAGCGGUCAUAUUUCUGCUGAGGCUUUCGAUACUCCUAUCAGAUGGGGAAGCAGGAAGGAUGCAUCUGACGGCCCUGAGCAAGCUCUCGGUCAUGGUCGGUCGCGAGAAUAUUGAUGUCGACAGGGAAAUGGCCGUUCACAAAAUCAACAUGGUCAGCGCUUUCCUCCACAACUCAUCCACAAUUGUUGCCAAAACUCGACCGAACAGAACCAGUGGUCGUGUGAGGGAAGUUGUCAAACUUGACCGAAAAUUGUGGACAUGUGAUCGGGAAUGGCAUACUUUCUGUGCUGCCAUCUGGGCCCGAACCCUCACAUGGCGAGCUGACAGUCCGAGUGGACAAUUAAUUCCAGUCACAGCUCCUGCCAUCUCUAGGAUGGAUGCCAGCAGUCAGUAUCUCGAGAACAAUGACCUAUUGGAGAUUCAACGCUGCUAUCAGAUCGCACUUUUCCUCUCAAUCUACCUCAACAACAUCAGCUUCAACACAGCUGCAACACGCGUUCGUUCGAACGUUCUGGAGAUGAAAUCAAGACUCUCAGCCUUGGAUCUGUAUGCGACGGCUUGCUUGUGCCGUUGUACCUUGUUCAAUCUUUUGAUGGUGGGCGCUAUGGCCACACGAACCUUCAUCGAAAGAGACUGGUUCAUUCGCAGCAUAGCUACACAUUACACAGAUGUUAUCCGGAUCGACCAUGUAUAUCGCCUACUAGCCGAAUUCAUUGAUCCGCUGCAUAUCGUAUACAAUGCCGUUGAAGACGCCUGGGACGAUGUCAUCAAGUUCAGGUCCGCAUUUCCGGUAGAUACACAAGCAUGGGAUGUUCCGACCGCGGAUGAGGUCUAUGAGAUCGAGAAUUUGAGGCCCAUGAAUUAUUCUCCUGAUCUGUCGAAACCAAUCGACCUCAUUGAAGUCGACGAUCCGGAGCUUGAUUUGAAGCAAGAUUUUGCAUAG